AGCGAAUUGCAUUGUCUCGAAGCAGUGUGACUGUUCAGUUUAUAUCCAGCUGCUUGAUUGGUAACACGAAAAUUCAACAGAAGAGUGAUAAGUGAAUACAUCUUCAUGCAACUUGAGAAUUCCAUCCUCUCAGAACUUAUGCUAUGCAGUAAGUUGAAGUUCUUACAAGAAUCUUAACAGUUAAUAAUCUGAAGAUGCAAUAUCUGGUAAGUAAGGCGAGUGGUGUUUUAGAAGUGCCCUAGAAACGUUCUGGAUCGUUGAUUUUAAUACGUUCAGCUGCUAGCAGUACUUGUUGGAAUUCAUCGAAACUACAGAUUUUCUUCCAGUCCUACCAGACCCAGCCAUAACUUUCUUCAAGCGAAAACCUGCUUCGGGGUUCCAUUCACUUGAAUUGUUGCAACUAAGGGACACCUUUCCUAGAAGCUUCAACAUAAUGGAUUCGGCCACUGUAGUGCAGCAACUACGAAGUGCUUACCACAGCGGAAAAACAAGAAGUGUAGAAUACAGAGAAAAACAACUCCGGAAUCUGCUGCAAUUGUAUGAAGAAAAUCAUGAGGAAAUGGCUAGGGUUUUAGAAAUUGAUCUAAGAAAACACAAACAAGAAGCAUACAUUCUAGAAAUCGAUUUUCUCAUUAAUGAUCUUCGGAAUAUAAUUUUCAACUUCCGCGAAUGGGUCAAGCCAGAGCAACCGGGAAAGGCUAUGUUGAACAUGAUGGAUAAAGUUUUCAUAUAUAAAGAUCCCUACGGUGUAAUAUUGGUAAUAGGUGCAUGGAACUACCCGCUACAGGUCACUUUGGCACCCGUGGCUGCGGCAAUUGCUGCGGGAAAUUGUGUCCUAAUCAAACCAAGUGAGGUGGCGCCAGCGACUUCUAGGUUUAUCGCAGAAACAAUUCCAAAAUAUUUGGAUCAGGACUGUUAUCGCGUUGUUGAAGGGGGCGUAAAAGAAACUUCCGAGCUGUUGCAACAAAAAUUCGAUUAUAUUUUCUUCACGGGAUCUGGAAAGGUGGGACGUAUUGUGCAUCAAGCAUGUAAUACAAAUCUAACACCUUGUACCCUUGAACUGGGCGGGAAAAGUCCAUGCUUCAUCGACAGCACAACGGACAUAUCUAUCGCUACGAAACGAAUACUUUGGGGAAAAUUCAUCAACGCUGGCCAAACAUGCAUCGCUCCAGAUUAUAUACUUUGUUCUAAGGCAGUACAGGAACAGAUUCUGGAGGAAGCAAGGUCUAUCUUAAUAGAGUGGUAUGGUGAAGAUCCGAAAAAUAGCCCAGAUCUAUGUCGUAUUAUCAAUCAAGGACACUUCGAACGUCUGAGACGAAUGAUUGAAGGAGCAAAUGUUGCGAUAGGAGGUGAUAUAGAUUCCGAAGAAAAGUAUAUUUCCCCAACAAUACUUAUCGAUGUGGAACCCGAAGACGCCAUAAUGCAAGACGAAAUUUUUGGCCCAAUUCUACCAAUCGUGAACGUUGAAGAAUCACACGAUGCAAUUGAAUUUAUCAAUUCGAGAGCUCCAGCAUUGGUGUUGUAUAUUUUUACACAAGAUAAAGAUUUACAAGAGGUCUUCAUUCAUACAACUACAUCUGGUGGCAUAUGCCUCAAUGACACAAUCCUGCAAUUCAAUGUUGAAUCAUUGCCAUUUGGAGGAGUCGGUCCCAGUGGAAUGGGAGCAUAUCACGGCAAGUAUGGGUUCGAUUCAUUCACACACAAAAAGUCUUGUCUUAUGAAGGACUUCAACGCACUUGGAGAAAAGUUGGCUUCCUCGAGGUAUCCACCAUAUUCAGAUAGUAAAAUAUCGUUUUUGGCAACUAUGAUGAAGAAACGCCAAGGAUUCUCGGUAAAAUUUUUACCGUACUUGUUCAUGUUUGUGAUCGGUGUAGGAUUUGCAUUGAUUGGGAAAAAUAUUAUGGAUGCAUACUACUAAUUAAUGUAAAUAAACAUUACUCAAUUAAAUUCAAAGAAAAUAAUGCAGUCAGACAAGGACCAUCUUCCAAGACAAGACAAGGACCAUUCUUCGA